CGCUCUGAGCUCAGAAUAACGCCAGAGAGGAGAAUCAACUUUACCGCACUGGAAUACACGAGAUCCACUUGUCUUUUUUUCAUCCUGUGCUUGCUCGCAUCACGAUCACGCGUGGAUUAUAACUAUGACUCUUGAGGAGAUCCGCGGACAGGAAAGCACGAUGGAACACAACGAGAGGGUGCAAAGUGCUGGCACGGCACUGGAGGAGUUGCUGCUCGCCGCUAAGAAGCAAGACUACUUGACAGUCGGCGUGUACGAGUCGGCCAAAGUUAUGAAUGUCGACCCGGACAGCGUCGCCUUCUGUGUGCUCGCCACCGACCAGGAGCACGCGUGCGACAUCGCCUUGCAAAUCCACUUCACGCUCAUCCAGGCUUUUUGCUUCGACAACGACAUCAACGUGGUGCGCGUCACCGACAUCGAGCGCCUCGCCGAUCUGGUGGGCGCCGACGAGGGCGGCGAGCCAAAGGACGCCCACUGCAUCCUCGUCACGAGCCCCAGUGCCAAUCCUUGGAAGGACCCAGCUCUGGAUAAACUGAGUCUGUUCUGCGAGCAGAGCCGCAGCAUGUGUGACUGGGUUCCCACAAUCACCUUCCCUGAACGCUGAUUCGGUCAUUCUCCCCCAAUCCCUUGAAGAUGCAUCGACAACGAUGAUGAUGAGAAAGAAAGUCAAGGCUUCACUCGGGUGUCCCAGGCCUUUCCGCCUUCUGUUUGCCAGGAUUAAAAGGCUGCGUGGCUGGAAUGGAAGCUAAUCAUGUCAUUCCCAACUCCCUGACCAAUCCUGCUUCCACGUGUAGGGGGAAAUAGCCUUCCAGCCAGUGCGAUCUGGGUCAGGAUGUUGCGGAUAUACCCUGAGGGAAGAAAGACUCAGAAGCCAGUAAGGGGGGUGCCUCAGUGGUGUGGCGUGAGAACACUCUGAGAGGCGUUGUGAGAGUGAUGACUGCCCACUCGAUGAAUAGUGAGAAGACGUCGGAGGUGCGUGGGCAGGGCUGCAUCAGACUGUGAAGAGGUGGAUGUGAGAGUGCGGAGGCUGGACCGGAGCUCAUCAGAUGGGAAUGAUGCUGUUCCGGGAGAAGAAUGGCUUACAAAAAAAAAGACUGGACUUUUUCUUUAAAUGCUGACAUCAGUAGCAAGAGACUUGUGGAAAAUCUUGAUUUGAGCUGCACCUUUAAUGGCAUUUUAUGAACUUUGAUGAUCUUUUUUUUCUUAGAAACUGUGUCAGCAAAGCAAUGCGACAAUUAUUUGGGAAUUUGCACGCAUUCUGUUCAUGAUCUGUGAAUAAAUAUUUGAAAUCAAA